AUGUCGCGGUGGUACCGGCCGCCGACGCCGACACUCUAUGAGAGCAUUGAUGAAGAACUCGAUGCACUAGAGAUCGAGGGUGUGCCUGGUCCGGCGCUGAAGCAUGCUGCGCCGCAGGCAUGGUCCCCUGCGGUGUUUGAGCCGCAAGAUGAGUCCGAUGACGACCUAGCUGAGCAGUUUGAUGAAAACGAGGACGAUAUGCACGCCUCUGGCAUACCUGCCGCGCGCGGAUGGCGUCUGGAUCCACGCCAUGCCGACACAUUCGCAUUCAAAGACCGCGUGCUGCGCAUGUUUUCGGAGCAGCUCGGUAUUCUGGGCUGGGCCCCCGAGCAUGUAGCACCGGGCGCUCUGCCACUGGUGCCUGAGCGCGUCACGAUCAAGCGCAUCACCAACGCCCUCACGAACGCCGUCUUUUUCGUGGGAUACGAUGCUGCAUCGCUGCCGGCGCCUCCCACCGUCCUACUGCGCGUGUAUGGCGCAGGGAGUGAGGCGCUUCUCUCUCGCCGCGCCGAGUUGCUGAUUCUGCAUACCCUUUCGAGCUUGUACGAAAUUGGACCGCAUAUUCUAGGCACGUUUGCGAACGGACGUGUCGAGGAAUUUUAUGAAUGCUACUCGAUCGGCCAGGAAGGCAUGCGCGAUCUCGGCACGCCGAGAGCUGAAGGCCCCGCUCACUGGGUAGCGCGCCGCAUGCGCGAGAUGCAUGAAGUCCCCCUCGAUGUCAUGCGGACGAUCCUAGAACAGGGCGACUUGAAAUCGACGUCGGCGGGGUUUGGCCGAGGUAUCGAGAACCACAUCAUGGCAUCGAGCCACCGCCCACGUCGGCAGCGCAGGCAGCCGCCCGGUGCCACGUCGCCCGCAUGGCAGAGCUACAGCUACUUUGCACAUCCGUCGCCUGGCCUCUUCUCGCGUCGCGCUAACGCGUCUACCAUGUCGUUUGACUCGCUCGCGACCAGCUACGACUCGGCGGCGAGUCCGCGAAGCACCUUGUUCACGCCAAUGGACGCGCCCCAGGGCGACUCUAGUGCUAUGAGCCCCCUCUCGCUGGGCCCAUCGGAUGCUCCGCUCCAGCCCACGUCACACGGGCCGUACCCCGGUGUUUGGCGUCGCCUCAAGCGAUGGACGCGCGAAGCAAGCAAGGUGAUCGAGCUUGUGAACGCUUUUGCCCUGUCGCCCGAGGGCCGCGUCGUGUGUGACGCCCACGGCGUGAGCUCUUUGCCCGUGUCGGUAGAUGCACCACGCACGCCUCGCCUACCUCCAGCGGCAUCGCUGCGUGCGACACGGGUGUAUUUCCGGGAUAUGAUGCUGAGCCUCUUGGCGUGUGAUCUGUCGAUGCUUUGCCGGGAGAUUGCCGAGUACAAGCAGUAUGUUCGCAAAUGGGAACAGGUGGAAGGCAAAAGCCGCCGUGUGUUUUGCCACAAUGACUCUCAGUGCGGAAAUUUGCUCUUGCUGCGCGUCGACCAGCACGGCGAGCUGCCUGCCAUGGCAUCAGGCAUGCCGCGCGACCACCAGUCCGUCGUGUCUACAUCCCCGCAGUCGCCCGUCCUCGAAGCGACUCGUUCGCGCCGACGCUCGCGCUCGCGCUCGCGUGCAAGUGAGCCGCAUCAGCGCCUGGUCGUGAUUGACUUUGAAUACGCGACCCCGAAUCCACGGGCCUUUGACAUCGCGAAUCACUUCCACGAAUGGCGCUCCAAUUACCUGCAUCCAACGUACUCAUGGAGUCUGCGGCACCAUGGCGCGUAUCCCACCCAGGAGCAGCGGCAGCAAUGGCUGCAUGCCUACGUCGAUCAGGGCCAGCGCAUGCGGCGUCGAAGCACGAGCGCAUCCAAACUGUGCACGAACGAAAGUGUGCCGCCCAUCAGUGAUAUAUCCUUGCCACCUGCGGUGCUCUCACGCACGCCCAGUACGCCCAGCUUCUCGCCACUGACACCCCUCACGCCUCAUGGCGCGCAGGCCCAAGUGGACCGCCUUGAACAGGAAGUGCACGUAUGGUCGCCGGCUACCCACGCUGUAUGGGGCUUGUGGGGCAUCGUCAUCGCGCGCAACGACAUUGAGACUCUAUUGGCGCAUGUCAAGUCUCAUGUGCGCACAACGCCCGAGGGCCUCGUGUACGAGGAUCCCGGCGAGCCCGCUCCGCCGUGUGACGAAACGGGCGCCGAGGACUUUGACAACUUGCGCUUCGCGCUCGGUCGCAUCGAGCUCUUCCGCGAAGAGCUCGGCGAGCGCGGCAUUGGUAGACGCUUGUAG